AUGCCGCACAAACACUCCAGAUCCCCCUAUUCUUCGGAUAGUGGUAGCAGCAGUGAUUCAUCGAUCUCAUCGAUGGAGCGCACAUAUGUUCACCCCAAGAAGUCUUCCAAACAACGUGGGCACUCGAGCAAAGGCGAUCAGAAGGCAAAGAAAGCCAAGGUGAACAACGACUCGAAUCUCGAAGUUCCGGAAGAGUUUCUUGCGGCAGCACGUGCAAUGGCACGUUGUGUCGAUUUGUUUUGCAAUAUGGAGAAACUCUUAAGGGUAGGUGCUCUCCUGCAGCAAGAGCAAGCCGCGGAGAAUGGAGAACUUGAAGAGUCCGAGGCCGAGCGUGAGUCCCGGAAGAAAAGACUUUCGAAACUUUCAACUAAUACCAUCGAUCGGUACGAGCGCAGCUAUCAACAGUUGCUUCAAUUGGCUCCGGGACUCGGAUCACUCAUCACUGAUUGUGUCAAGUCUCAGGAACUCGGUCAUAUCACGCGAAAGAUGAAUGCUAUCAUCAGUGGGACACGUUCAGAUGACGCAACUCGCUUGAAGGUUCAAAUUGGGCACUAUGCGGCCCCUGAACCGUUGAAAGAGGCUUUAAAGCCGACUAUCUACAAUGGCGGCUCACUGUCAAGGGCGCAUAUGGGCAUCAACCACCCUGUGCUGGCUUCCUUCCUUUGUCCUAUAUCGGCACUUAAAGACUUCGAUAAAGAUCCUGCACAGGCUCGAAAGUGGAUGGAGAUAGGACGGAUUCGCAUGACUGCGAUCGAUUUCCCGGUGUUUCUGUGGGCCGGCAAUCCACCUGCCAGCAACUACAACGAGGAUGCCAUGCACGAGGGCCUGUUCCAGGGCUAUUUCCUCGAGCGCAUAAUGCGUCAUAUUUUUACAGGUCCAUCUACUGCAUUAGGCGACGACUCGCGCGCUACGCGUUCAUGCAACGCGUCCCUGCAUGAUAUGACUACCGUCGAAGCGGAGCAUAUAGCAUAUGCUUGCGUUCAGGCACGCUUUGCCAUCAGCAACAAGAACAAAUGGUCCGAGGCAGACGGCGAGUUCAAUAACCGAGCCUUCUACUACAAUAUCAUCGACUUCAUUCGCGAGUGCGAGGACAGAGAUUGGGCGGAGGGACUUCUCAAAUGGUGGAACAGGGCAUUGUUCAAGAACGAAAACGGACGCGAAGGUGGAAUGGCCAUAACCGACGACAACGGACCAGGCGACAUGGCUGGAUCUUCCUCGGCUCCAGUCAAUGGUCUGGCCAAGAUGCGAGCGCAGAUGGCCGCUCGCGCAAGUGCAGCCAAACGACCUGCGGCACCCGAACCUCGACCUGCGGCAGCACCCAAAACGCCCGGACCUACCAUCCCUACACCACCUCAAAGUUCUGUCACCCCGGAUCUGGAACCUCCUUCAAUGUCGAUCAAUCGAUCUCCCAGGCCCCAAUUGGCAAAUGCCCCCGGCCCAUCAAAGUCGCCUGCGCCCAGUGAACUGACGCCAAACAAAGCUCUGUCCGAUGGCGAUGACAUCAGUACCAUCAGAAAGGGCAAGAAGAAAGCACCAGGUCGUCCCAAACGUGUGGCACGCAGGAAAUAG